GCAGCGAAUGCCGUAGUUCCGUCAAAAAGUUAUGUUGAAGUCCGUUAUGAAGGAUCAGAUCAGAAUACCAAGCUAGUAAUGCAUGAAUUGGUUCCUAUUCCCAUUUACAACAAUGAGAAGAAAUGGCAUGAAGCUGGCUUUGCUGCAGUUUGUGGAAAUUUUUUUGUAGCACCUGAAGAAACUGAUAAACGCUUCAUUCUCUCUUAUUGCUUUCUUCUUUUUACUGUGAAGCACAAUAAGAUUGGAGGUGUCUCCUUUAUUGAUAUAUAUCCCCACGUAUUCGAAGUUUGGGGAAUCUACAAAGACCAUAAUCUGGUAACAGCUUGCAAUCCUACAGGAACGCUAGAUUAUCAGAUUGUAGCGAUUAUAGAAAGAACAGAAAAAGAUGUAAAAGUAGCACCCUUAAGGAGAGUUGAGGGAUUCAAAGGCCUUUUCAAGAGAAGGAGUGAUCUCGGAAGUGAAGGAGAGUUCCUGAUUCCUGUAAAUGAAUUCUACAGGUUCUCACACAAGAUACCAUCUUACAGAUUUGAUGAAAAUUGUAGGAAAAAAUUUCUAAGGGGAGCUUUUGUGCUAGAUCCUUUUAUGGUGCCACAGAAAUCUGCCGAUUACUUUUCCUUCAGUGAUCCUUUUCUUUUGGAAAGAUCAAAAGUCCGCCCAGGCUCCUCAGCUAUUGAACACUUCAUCAAUAAACAGAGAAACCCUAUUAGCGUGGCUAGCCAAGAGAAUAACCACAAACAACCGAAAAUUGCAUUAUAAACAAAGCAGUAGAACAAGAGGAAACUGUUGAGAACUCACAGAAAAAGGAACCAAGCAGUGGCAAUAUUUCCCCAGCUGGAGUCCAUGCUAGUGAAAGGAUGGAAUGUGAAGCAGUUGAAAAGAACUUUAAAUUGGGUGAGGUACGGGCAUUCUUUAAUGGACUAAAUGGACUUCCUCCCUCUUAUGCUCGUAUAGGUAAGUUUCUCAAUUCAGGAGGAAUGUUAGAGGUGACAAUAUUACGACCUCAUCCUGUUGCUGAUGAAGAGGUGCAGUGGGUUGAAGCAAACUUACCUAUGGCAUGUGGGACUUUUAAGGCAUCUCAGUCCACUUGAAUUGAGCAAAAGGUGUUGUCACACAGACUGAUAUGUGCUAAUGAGCAACCAUCAAAGCUCUUCUUCAGAGUAUAUCCUAGAAAAGGUGAAGUCUGGGCGAUCUACAUGAACUGGAAUAUUAAUUGGACAAUUUCCGACUUGAGCAAUAACAUCCAAUAUAAGUUGGUAGAGAUUGUUUCUGAUUUCACUGAGGAAGCAGGUUAAUCGUGGCAGCCUUAGUUAGAGCAGAGGGUCAUGAGAAUGUAUUCAAAAGACAGUUACACGAAGGCUUUUGGCAGUUUAUGGCAUUUAAAAGAAAAGAGUUGUUACGGUUUUCGCAUCGAAUCCCUUCUCUUAAAAUCACAGGAUUCAAGGAUAAGGGAUUCACUUCUGAAAAAUCCUUUCAAGUGAAGUUCAAUGAUAACGGAAUGCAGGCUGAUGAGUUCUAUGGUGAACGAUGACCCAAAGUCAGGGGCAUAACAGGAUGUAAACAGUUGAUUCAAGUGAAACAGCAGAGGUCGCCGAAUUUUGUUCGUAAAAAAUUGGUCUUUCUUUUUGCAAGUAUACAUUUGAUCCUCCUUUGGCAGGGAGAAAGUUCUAUUGUGUCUUGUUAGAUUUGAGUUUAGAACAAAAAUAGAAAGAAAGGACAAACAUAGAAGUCGUCAUCCCAGAACUCCCUUAAUAAUCUCACUGACCGGUGACCACACCCGACCCCGCGCCCAUCAAAAACCCCACGCUGCUCUAGCGAGCGAAAAAAAAAAGAAAGAAAGAGAAAGGAAGGAAUCCCGUAACCGGCGCCUGCAGCUUCCCGUGUUCUGGUGGGUCCCGCUACUGCAAGAAGCGCCACGCCUGUUACCUCCUCAGGGAUUCCAAAUCUAGGACUGAAGAAGCUCGGGAGGCCGACGAAGAUGAAGAAGAUUGAGGACAAGUUCGGAUGGAUCACAUUGGUUCGGGUCACGCCGUUGAUCCCUCACCCGAUCACCGGCGAAGCCUCCCAUUGGCUUGCGGUGUGUUCAAGCGUUCCGAUUCCGGUGCGUGUCAUUAAGAGGUUUGAAGUACAAAUUAUCGGUGACACGAGCACGAGGGGUUUUAUUUGGUUCGAAGCUUUUCGAGGGGAUUUAUGCCUAUGCUCUCGCGUCGAGUGAUAGCCUCCAGAACUGUGGAAGGUGGUGAAGCUCUCUGGAAAUUGGUGUAGAUGUAUAAUAUAUUUGUUGAAGGGGGUAUAAAUAUUUUAAGAGGUUAUGAUACGCAUUAUGUGAUGCAGCAGAGCAGAGAAGCUAGCAGUCUUCGUGCUCAAAUGGCUCAAGCCUCAGAGAUGAACAAUAGCGUGUUGAAUUCGACAACUCCUAGUGUAGAGCUAGAGUGUUUCUCCCCUUAUAUGAUCAUCACCAAUGGAAUAUGGCUUGACGACGAUCCUCUAAGAUACUCUCUCCCUCUUUUCCUUAUCCAACUCCUUAUAAUAACGCUGACCAGUCGCACUCUUAAUGCUAUCUUGAAACCCUUUGGCCAGCCUAUGGUCCUCGCUGAGAUCCUAGCAGGGAUGCUGCUGGGACCAUCUUUUGUGGGAAAAUUCUUUCAAGGAUUUCAGGCUCAUUUCUUUCCACCAAGAAGCAUCAGCAUACUGUCGUCGAUGGGUAAUUGUGGCCUACUUUGCUUUGUGUUCAUGGUUGGAGUUGAGAUGGACAUAAAUGUGCUAAGGCAAAUGAAGAAGAAAGUAAUGGCUAUUGGAGCGAUUAGCAUUGUGCUUCCUUUUGCGAUCACCUUGACUGCUGCCUACCUCUUUCGCGGCUAUUUCCUUGAAGAAAAAAAGAACAAUGCCUUUUAUGUCUAUCUCGCUCUGGCUCUAUCAAUCACUACAUUUCCUGUGCUCGCUCGAGUCCUUAGAGAUCUCAAGCUUCUGAACACAGAGGUCGGUCGAGUUUCCAUAUUGUCCUCUGUCGUCAACGAUCUGUUCUCUUGGGUGUUGCUUGCCCUUGUCGCUGUACUCUCAGGAACUAUGAGAGCCGAUAAAGGGAUGGACGGCCUACCAUUCCUCUACAUCUUGCUGUCGAGCCUGGGCUUCUUUAUCAUCUGCGUUGUCUUGGUGCGACCGGUAUUAAAAUGGCUCGUGGACAGGACGCCGGAAGGAGAGCCUAUGAGCGAUAUAGACCUGGGCGUGGUCAUCAUGGGGGUGAUGGUAUCUGCAUACGUAACUGAUUUCAUCGGCGUUCAUGGUGUUUUUGGGGCGUUCAUUUAUGGACUGAUGUUUCCAUAUGGAACCCAUGGUACUGCACUGGUUGAGAGAUUGGAGACUUUUGUUACAGGAUUAAUCCUGCCAAUAUACUUUAGUGCUAGCGGGUUCAGGACUGAUUUAUCAACGAUGGAGCACUCUGAUAUUAUUGCCAUCCUCAUCUUCAUCUUCAUCCUCUCGAGCUUCGCAAAAGUGGUUACCACGACACUGGCAUCUUCAUACUUUGGUAUGCCCCUGUCCGAAGGUCUCUCCCUCGGUUUCCUCAUGAACUCCCCUGGCCUUUCCGAAAUAAUCCUCCUCAACGUCGCAAGGGAUAAAGAUAUCAUCGCCCAAGAGACGUUUGCAAUUGUCGUGGUGAUGUCCGUCCUGAUGACAGCAUUGAUGAUGCCGUUGGUGUCAGCAUCAUAUAAGCCAUUGAAGAACAUCAUCGAGUACAAAGAGCGAUCUCUUAUGAGCGUGAAGCCCAAUGAAGAGCUCCGAAUGAUCGCCUGUGCCCACUCCAACAACAACGCCGCUUCUCUGAUCGGCCUCCUCGACAUGUCUAACCCUACGAAGAGAUCUCCGAUAUCUGUUUCCUCUCUCCACCUCAUUGAGCUCACAGGCAGAGAGUCUGCCGUGCUUAUUUCCCACAACACUGACUCUAACUCCUCCAUGGCCGGUGGCUUUAACAUGAAAAACAACGAGGCUCAAGCGAAAGACAUUGUCACUACCUUCGAGACCUACGAGCAGCAUGCAGGCGGCAUCUCCAUUCAAGCCCACACGGCCAUCUCUCCGUACUCUUUGAUGCAUGAUAACAUCUGCACCCUUGCGGAAGAAAAGCAUUCCUCCAUCAUUAUCUUGCCUUUCGACAAGCUCCAGACAGUCGAUGAUGCAGCCAAUCUCUCCAUCCGAAGUGUAAAUCAGAACGUCCUCGACUACGCGCCAUGCUCCGUUGCUAUCCUCGUCGACCGUGGCUUGACCGCCGAGAAGGUUGUUGGAAAAGCCAGUCUCUUCACCAAACGACAUGUUGUCCUUCUGUUUUUCGGUGGCCCUGACGACCGCGAGGCGCUUUGUUAUGCGUGGAGGAUGGCUGAGCACCCUGCGGUCACCCUCACUGUGGUGAGGUUUGUCCCUGGAGAGCAAGUUGCUGGAGAAGCUCCAGGCAUGUCAUCACCCCUGUUAUCAUCCUACGAGAUCAACGAAACGUUACUGCAUUCAAGCGUCAUCGACAUAGGGAAUUCCGAGGUUGAUGGCGGUCAAGUUUCUGAUGAUGAGUAUGUGAGUGAGUUCCGGGCAGCAAACUUGGGCAAUGAGUCAAUCGAGUAUGUGGAAACAGUGGUGAGUAGUAGUGAGGAGACUGUGGCGGCAAUCAGGUCGAUGGAUCAUACAUGCGAUCUGUAUGUCGUGGGGAGGUCGCAGGGCCCAUCGCCGAUGACAGCUGGGCUGACGGAGUGGAUGGAGUGUCCAGAGCUCGGGCCGAUUGGGGACUUGCUUGCAUCGGCGGAUAUUGGAGAGGGGACGUCGGUGUUGGUGGUGCAGCAGUAUAAUGAGAAAUUCACAUGAAGUUGAAAACCCUUGUUAUAUUAAGCUAGCUCUUGUUAGAAUGAACAGAUGAUAGUUUUUUUCUGUAACAGUUUACAAUCAUUUUCAUGGAGAAAAGAGAGUUCAAUAAAUGGUUUUUCAUUAACA